UGAAAAGAAAGUGAAAGUUAAAAGGAAGGAUGACAAAGCUGGAAUGAACGAGGUAAAGCUCUUUGACUUCAGUGACUACUUUACUCUGAUAAAACUUGACCUUCAAAUCACAUUCAAGAGAGUAAUUGCUUUAACAACAGAAUCAGUAAAUCUACAUAUCAGUUAAACUUUGUUUUAGCUAAUGCAAUCCUCAUCUUAUGGCAGCAUGGCAGCUCAGAACCAGAGCUGCAUGUGAAGUCGGAUUUGAACAGCAGCUCUGCUCCUGACCUACAGCUGUUGUCACCUCUCAGUUAUAGUCGUGUCCUCAUCUUGUUUUGUCCGCAUGGAAAAUCAUGUGGCACGUUUGUCACAUGUUUCAGUCUCCCUCAGGCUGAGAUGUGGUGUUGUUUAGGCUAAAACUUGAACACAGCUCAUUCAACACUGUAUUUGUGUAAUAUGGAGGUCAAAAGGGGUCACACUUUUUAUUGAAAGACCUUUACUCUAUCAUUGAAGAAGAUAGAGUUUGUUUGAUGUAAGAGUAAUUUAGUCCAGCAAGUAAUCUGCAAAAUUACAACCCUAAACCUGACUGGGUUAGGAGGGAAGACAUGUCAUAGCGAACACCGCUGAUCUCUUAAAUUUUUGUCUUUCAGAUAAAAAGUUCCUGAGACACUUUUCUCAAGCCAUUUUUAGAUGGUUUGAGAUUUAGGGCAGAAUUCAACACAUAUCAGGGGGUCCCUCAUCACCCAAGUUUGAGAUGUGACUGAGUUCAACUCCAGCUUUUUUCUUUUUAAGUACUUGAAGAACUUUUCCUCAAAAAUGGUCUUGUUAAGGAUUCUAGUGCUGUCUUUACUCUACCUGACUCAUGUGGGGUCUCAGUCUGCUUUCAAACAAACAACCCCUCCUCACUCAGAGGGAGAACAGCCUCCCGUGGAUGCUAAUAAUCUGUCUUUUCCAUGGAGUCGACUCCGCCUGCCAAGGUAUUUAUAACCUCAGUGGAGUUAACCUGAAAAUUUCUGGAUUUCAUUUUGGACAACAGUUUGUGAUAGUCUCUUUAUAUUUUUCUUUACCAAAGGUACAUCGUUCCUCUCCAUUACCACAUCCUCCUGCACCCAGACCUCACCAGUCUUCAUUUCACUGGCUCAGUGCAGAUCCAGAUUGAUGUCCAGAACAACACAAACUGGGUUGUACUUCACAGCAAAGGUCUGAACAUCACCAGGGCCACAGUGUUAGACCAGAACUUGAAUCAUCUGUCUGAACAGGUAGCUCUAGAUCUUUAUUAUCUAUUCCUGUACCUCAGAUCUCACCCAACCUUUGCCCAUGUUUUCAUUUAGUUUUCAUGACUAGAAAAGAAAACUAAAGGUGUUUGAAUAUAUAUCUGCUUUUUUCUCUUCAUAGGUUCUUCCAGUUCUUCAUAACCCCUCUCAUGAGCAGAUCGGUAUUUUCUCACCGAGGGUGCUCACUACUGGGCAAAAGUACUUCCUCCAUAUUGAAUUUGAGGCAGAACUAUCUGAGAGCUUCCAUGGUUUUUAUAAGAGCACCUACAGAACCAGCACCGGAGAGACCAGGUAAGAGCAGAUACACUGAUAGAUGCCAGUCAGAGUAAAUGGCUCCUCACAUCCCGAGUAUGUAAAUUUAAACUUAUCUUCUCGCUUUUCAAGAGCUUUGGCAUCAACUCACUUUGAACCCACGAGCACUCGGAUGGCUUUCCCAUGUUUCGAUGAGCCGAACUUUAAAGCGAUCUUCUCCGUCCGGAUUAGGAGGAGUCCAGAGUUUAUAGCUCUGUCCAACAUGCCUGUGGUGAGUGAUGCAUUGUGUUCCCUGUAACACUAUUGUAUGUGACCCUUUCUUAUGUAAGUCAGAACCAAAUAUAGUCAUUUGUUUUUUUUUAUUACAGGUAAAGACUGUUAAAGUAAAUGAUGACCUGCUUGAGGACCAGUUUGAUGCAAGUGUCAAGAUGAGCACUUACCUUGUAGCUUUUGUGAUCUGUGACUUUAAAUCUGUCACUGCAACAACAUCCUCUGGGGUGCAGGUAUGUGGUCUGAGUUAUUAUUAUCUUUUGUUUUAGUCCUUAUUUUCUUAAAUCCGUUUCACUAGAAAUAUUUUUGGAAAGGUUUUCAUGUGUCUCUGUGAAUCUUAGGUGUCUGUCUAUGCUGCUCCUGAGAAAAUUGAACAAACGCACUAUGCUCUGGAGGUUGCUGUUAAAAUGCUCGACUUCUAUGAGGAGUAUUUCAACUCUAAUUAUCCUCUACCCAAACAAGGUACAUGUUGACACACAUUGCUGUCUCCAACCCUCUUAAGCACUCCUUGACCAUUUAUUUAUCUAUUUAUUUGCCUUCUCUCAGACCUGAUAGCCAUACCAGACUUUGAGUCAGGUGCAAUGGAGAACUGGGGUUUGACCACAUACAGAGAGACCAGCCUUCUUUUUGAUCCCCACACAUCCUCCAUUUCUGACAAACUCUGGGUUACUAUGGUGAUUGGCCAUGAGCUCGCCCAUCAGGUGAGAGUGGGAUUAAAUGUUUAUUUUUAGUUUCAGCAGUUCAUUUGUUCGAGGACGUCCCAGACAGAGUGAAGAAUUAAAAACUUGUCUCUCCUGCAGUGGUUUGGCAACUUGGUGACCAUGGAGUGGUGGAAUGAUAUCUGGCUGAAUGAAGGAUUUGCCAGAUACAUGGAGUACAUUUCAGUUGAGGCCACUUACCCAGACCUGAAAGUGGUAGGUGCUUUAUUUGAGAUGAGAAAUGACUGGGAGAAACAGGUUUUGGGAUUAAAUAAAGCCUUGGAGAGAGCACUGAUAACCCCAGUCUGUGUUUUUCCUUGCAGGAGGAAUAUUUAUUGCACACCUGCUUUGCAGCAGUUAGUCUUGAUUCAUUGAACUCGUCACGGCCAAUAUCGAGCCCAGCAGAGAACCCAACUCAGAUCAAAGAGAUGUUUGACACUGUCUCCUAUGACAAAGUAUGCAUUCAGUUCUGAAAAUGUUUUUUUUCCUCAGUCAAAGUAGCCAUUUGUUAUAAGUUUACAUCUUUAUAAUGACUGAUUUUAACAUACUCGAAAUAGCUAAAAAUCAGCCGCUAUUCACUAAGAGGUGCAAGUGAACUCAUUUCUACAGUAUGUUUAAGAAAGAAAAAUCUACUUUCGUAUUUAUAAAUAACAACAUUUGAAAUUCUCUGACAAAAUCUUGCAGCACAAUCUGUCAUGGUCUAUGUACUGAACACACUGUUUCUCUCUUCCUGUCCAGGGAGCAUGUGUUCUGCACAUGCUUCGACAUUUUCUGACAGAUGAAGUGUUCCAGAGCGGGAUAGUGCGAUACCUCCGCAAAUACAGCUACAAAAAUGCACACAACCAGGACCUGUGGGACAGUCUAGCCAAUGUAAAAACUCAAACUACGUCACUGCACAGGCCUUUGAUAUCUUGUUGUGUUUUUGACGUGUUUUCUCCCCUAGACAACAGUGAUUUUUUUAGUCUGGUGCACAAAUCAACAAGAAUGGAAAGUAUCUUGAAGCAUGUUUUUCUUCAAAGUGAACAUUUCUGUUGUUAUUAUCACUAUCAAAGGUUUGUCAUCAUGAGUCCAGUAAUGAUGUUGGUGUUAAUUUUGUUUUAACAAUAACAUCUCAUUGACGAAGAUUAAAGACAUCAAGGAUAUGAUGAAUUACUAGUGUUAGAUUUAUUCUCUUGAUGCACAAAAUUAAACUGAAACCAACAGCUGUUCGGAAUGAAGAAAAUCAUAGUCAGGAUGUCGGUUUGGCCCACGUGCCCUCAUGCACAGAGGCUAUCAUUCUCUAGCGAUAGGCUUAGUUACAGUUCAGGCCUGCAUCCCCUUUUCCACAUAUCACGCUUCAAUCUCUCCCAGUUUCCUGCUCUUCCCAUUGUCCUGUAUUCUUAGAAUUAAGACACAAAAGCCCAUAAAUCUGUCUUAAUAACAAAGGUAGAAAAUCACUGUAUUGUUAUUUUUUUUGAAUGCCUUUAUGUACGGUUGUCACGCUCAAUGUAAAGAAACAGUAGCCAUCAAAAUAAGUCUGUUCUUGCAAAAUAAGUUUCAUUAGUAAAAUCUUCUUUUCUCAGACUUGUUCAGAGGAGGACUUCAUCUCAGGAAAACACUGUUACAGCAGUAACCAGGCCUCCAAGAAUGCAGUGAGUAAACAACAAAUAUCCCCUUUUCUAGUGGUUCAUUUCACACCAUGUUCUUGACUAUGUUCUGACUUUGUGAUUUAGUAUAGUCUUGAGUUGAUCUCUGAUUCUCUUCCACAGUACCUGUUUGCAGGGGAACAUCUGGACCUGACAGCCAUCAUGAAUACGUGGACUCUGCAGAAAGGGAUCCCUCUUGUGUUAGUGCAGAGGAAAGGCUCUCGUCUUCUGCUCAGACAGGAGAGGUUUCUAAGGACUGUGCUGCCCUCUGACCCACUGUGGUCAGCAAUGCAGCAGGGGUGAGCAUGCGUAUUCCUACUGCAAUUUAAUUUAAAAUUAGUUGCCGGACAUUUUUUAUUUUUGUUUUUCAGAAGUUAAACUUACUUCUCCUCUAUAGCUUUCUUUGGCAUAUCCCUUUGACAUACAAGACAGGUGCCUCCAGCACCAUCCACAGACACCUGAUGACAACACAAAGAGGUAACAUUAAAGAGCUAAAUGCAACAUCAAUAGAAUUGAUAAGUAUCUUUUAUAUUAAUUUUAGUCACCUCGUAUUUUUUUGUGUAUCUCAUUUAGACAGUAUAGAUUUAGGGGAGGAAGUCAACUGGGUGAAAGUCAACAGUGACAUGACAGGAUAUUAUGUGGUUCAUUACGAGGAUGAUGGUUGGGAUGAGAUGACAAACCUGCUGAGGAAGAACCACACAGCGCUUAGCUACAAAGACAGGACUCAGCUGAUUCAUAAUGCUUUUCAGCUAGUGACGUAAGUAUAUCUGUGUGUGUUUUUUCUCUGUGUGAGAACAAGAAAGUAUCAUGCUUUUGUCAGUGUAUACACGAGGAGCGUAAAUGGCGAGGUAACUCUAAAUUACAUACCUGUUACAAAGCCUACAAUGAUGAUAAUGCCAUGUUACAGUGACUCUGCAAUAAUCCAAAAAUUGUAAGACAAUCAUGUAAUGGUUUAUCACAACAUCUGAUAAACUACAGAAUACAGAAUAAUCCUUUAGGUAAAAAGGAGGAUUAAUGUCAUGAGAACACUGUCAGGGAUCAUGUAGCAGUGAUGCAGUUAGAGUCCUAUUUUAUUUUUACGUUGAAAUGUCAAUAUUUGGUGUUAGCAGUGCAAUAGUUGUGUUACACAAGCCUGGUCUGUAGUAUAAAGAAAACUCAGAAAAGUGCCGUAUUGAUUUAUUUUCUAACUCCUUGUUUUCAUAACAGACAAAUCAAUACCAAACAAAUCAUAUCCAGAAAAAAAGCCUUGUUUCUCCUCUGAGAAUAUUGCGCUUUACCUUGCAAAUGUUUAUGUUUUCCUCUAAAGAGCAGGACUUUUGCCGCUGAAUAAAGCCUUAGACCUGAUUGGUUACCAGAAGUUGGAGACCCACACUGUCCCUCUGCUUGAAGGACUGGGCUAUCUGGAAGUAUUUUACCGAAUGGUUGAGAAAAUGGACGAGAUUGAUCUAACAAGGAACAUGAGGGUGAGAAGAUAUGAGAAAACCAUUAGACUAAUAUAUACACAUGGUUAAGUCAAGCCAGCAUAAGUUCAUGUGAGGUGCUGUUUGCUUUAUUGCAGAUGUACAUCCUGCAAUUUUUCCGUGAUGUCAUUGACCAGCAGACAUGGAGCGACAGCGGCUCUGUGUCUGAGCGACGGCUGAGGUCAGAGGUCUUGUCGCUGGCCUGCCACCUUGAUGACCCUCCCUGUGUGGACCGAGCACGUCAGAGCUUCAAUGACUGGCUUCAGUCCAGUGGUAAACUCAAGUAUGUCACUCUAGAGUCUGUUUAACCACAUAUCAUCUUCAGUCAGCAACUGCUGAUAUGAUUCACAGAAACAGCAGCUAUUCCCUGUACCAGACUGGACCAUAAAAUUAGAUAUUUCAUCACAUCUCUGCUUGUGUUUACCUCAGCCUGCCCACUGAUGUGGCAAAGACAGUGUAUUCAGUAGGAGCACAGGAUGACCACGGCUGGGCCUCACUCCUACACACAUACAACAUCUCCCUGUCUGCAGCUCAGAAAAGCAAGGUUCUGUCUGCUUUGACCCGCAGCAAAGACACAAACAAACUUCACAGGUACAUCUUCUCCACUUUAUGUUUUCACACAGGUAAUACUGCCACUGUGUGGUAAACAUGUGUACUGCUACCAACAGAUACUUAAGGAUAUGUACUUUGGACAUGUCAGAAAGUUUUGGGUGAAGGCAUUGAUACCAAUGGCAGAUUAUUUGGUAUUUGAAAGUCUGGCUAGUUCUUACAGUGUUUGUGUUGCAGACUGCUGGAGAUGGGUCUGGAGGGGAAAGUGAUUCGAUCGCAGGACCUGUCCCAUCUCAUUCUAAUGGUGGCCAGGAACCCGCGGGGACACCACCUCGCCUGGAACUUUGUCAAGAAGAACUGGCACACACUGGUUCAAAAGUAAGUACAACAUAUAAGAAACAAUGUGAACAAGAGGGCUCUCGCAGCUGCUUAGCAGCUACGCUCGGGCCCUAAUGAUGAAACACAAGUCGAACCAUGAGCCAUAGUCCUGAGUGACUCUUGAAACAUUUAUAGCCGUACAAGAUAUCUGAGGAAGUAUAUGUUUGCUCACUACAAGCUUUUCCUCUGAGUCCAGAAGGGCUUUGUGUAAACCAGGAAGUUCUGUGUCGGAAGAGGCUCUAGUAACAAGUGAAACAGGUUUUUGGUUUGAUGAAGACCUGAUUAUAUUGUACUUCAGCCAACACUCUGUGCAGUUGGUUGUGCAACAAUAAAAUGAAAUAAUACUUUGUGCCAAAGUCCUCUUUCCUGUAUGUGUGCUCUGCAGGUUCCAGUUGGGCUCAUCUUUUAUCAGAAACAUCCUCAUUGGCACAACAGGCCAGUUCUCAUCUCCUGAAGAUCUUGCUGAUGUAAAUAUGCUCUUAUGAAUGUAUACAGAAAGAGACUGGCAUGUUUCAAUAAUAAGAUUUUAGAAUUUUCUGUGAUUUUUUUUAUUUUAACAUUUGUUGGUGUUUUUUUUGCGUUGUUUUUUUACUUUUAUGUGUCUUUGACUCUCAGGUGCAGCUGUUUUUUGAGUCCGUCAAGGAGCAGGUGUCUCAGCUCAGAGCGACCGAGAUUGCCCUGGACAAUGUGCAGAAAAAUGUCCGCUGGGUUCAGAGGAACCUGGAGACUCUCAGACUUUGGGUGAAUGAGCAGAUGGAGUGAAGGACAGCGGAAACAGAGGAGGUGUUUUAUAGGGCAGUCUACUCAAACCACCUCUCUGCAACUCCAGAGUGGUACUGAUGUCUAUUUUUUAAAUAAAUGAAAGAAACAUUUCUCUAAACAUCUUCAACAGUGAUGCAUUGUGAUCAUAAUGUCCUUAAAAAACAUUGACUCCAUAUACUGUACAGCGGUUGGAUAAGUUUGUACAUUUUUGAGGAUUUUAAAAUGUACUGUUCCAAUUAUACAAUUGAGGAGUUGGCAAUUUGUGUACAAGAAGCAUCAUUAUAUUUGUAGGGGACUUAUUUGUGAGACAAGAGAUAAUUUUAAAUGGUAGAGCAGGCAGCUGAGUGUGAAAAUGUGUGGGGAUUUUUUUUAUAUUGUUCAAAAUUUUGUUAAAACUUGUGCUUUGGGAUUGCUAUUUUUUAAUACAGAUCAACUUGAACUGUAAUUUUUUGCAGAACUGUUUAUAUGAAACUUCUGCCCAGAACACCAUUCAAUUAAAUCGCUUUGGUAAAAAGAUCCAUUCCCAAGAGAUGCAGAUUUUUUGUAAAAUGGAUAAUAAAACUGACCAAUAAAGGAAAACACUGGGCAUUGUGGCACCUA